AAUUAAUGCAAAGCGCGACGCGAACUAAACACCAUAAUAUCCCCACACCAGCCAUGCAAACAGUAUCUUAACAACAUGUAAACAACAAGCUUAUGGUUCACUCGUUUUGACAGCGGCUAAAUCAUUGUUGCAUAACGUAAUCUGUAACAAGGCUAAGAAGAGUGGCUGCAUAGGUUAUCGAGACGUGCUUACAGACGCUGAUUGAAGAAAAUUUUUUUGGCUACUAAGUCAGCACAAUUCACCUACAACCGUUCCAUUGGAUUAAAGAUUUAGGUCUUCUUGAGACGAAUCAACGAAUUAAUUACGCUCCGAGAAUCAACUUGGACUUGCGAAUUUAUUUAAGCAAACACCUGCUGUUGUCUUGGUUUUGAAAAGAAACCUCUUUAUACGAAGGAUGGAAACAUCUGAAUUAUGGAGUUUUUUAGAUAAAACAGUAGAGACGUGUGUUGGCCAUCAACAGCAACAUGAUCGGGGCAUUGUCGAAAGUAUGGCAAUCAGCAAAAAACGCAAGAACUCAAGUGAGCCUGAAUUACGGUUCCGUGAACCUUCAAGUGCGUCAAAUGGCCUAAAACGCACUGCCAGUUUGGAUGUUGGAUCGUCCAUGACUUCUAAAAUAAAUGUGGGUUCACGGUCGCUUGUUCGUAGUAACAGUGCGACAUACGAACUGUCUCGGUCAUACAUCGAAGAAAAGCCAUCAGCAAACGCAGCGGAUAUCCAACAAAAUACGUCUUACAAAGAUGAACUUUCGGCUACGGAAACGGAAGAUGAUGACGACGAACUCCAAAUGAAAAGCAUUCAUGAAUUACGAUUAUCGGGCGAGAAGCAACGAAUAAUGGACGAAAUUGAGUAUCUCGUGGACGGAGUUUCCCAAAGCAGAUCUCCUCUUGCCGCAUAUUCCAGUUUGCUAGAGAUUUGCACACAUCUUGACAAUACGAUGUUUCGCCUCUGCUUAAAAUCAAACACCGAAACCUUUUUCCGGGUUUUUAAAACUAUUAUCUCAAAAGACCUUUUACGGAGCUUUUUCCAGUUGCACAUUCUUGCUAGUAUCUCGUCAGAAGUGGAAUGUGUAAAAGCACUUAUAGACUUGCAUGGUACCAACAUUUUAACCUUGUUGAGGACCACUCUUUCUACUGAUGGGGAUGCACUUGCGUCUUUUCUAAAAGAACAAAAGUUAUCAAAAAACAUGCAAUCUGCCGUGCAUGCCUUUAUUAAGCAAAUGCCAGCUUUGCUUGGGCUCAAGAACAUGGACGAGGAAAUAAAAAACCCAAGCUUUCUUGCUUCCCUCACACUUUUUCGGCUUUUGCUCAACGGGCUGCAUUUUACGACAGACGUCCAAAAUCUACUUAAUAAAGCUGUGGGUGUGACUUUUGCAAAACCUACCGUUUGUGAGUUCCUUGUUUUUCUCUUGUGUGAUGCAAUCGAGCAUGUCGAUUGCAUGGGAUUGGGUGAGAAGGGACUUCGCUCUAUAUGUGCUUUUCUGUCCAGGACUAUCGUCGGUACACUAGACGAAGAAUCAAGCCGAUUAUGUAUACGUGUUUUACAGCUUCUGAUUCAAAUCACCGAUACUGAGAGUGCGUUACAUCCGGUGGACAUGAUUGUCGCAAGCGGCGUUCCUCGAUCUUUAUUUUUGCUUUUGCAAAAGGUUCACUCUUGCUCGGAACUGAAUGAUUACGACAGUGAUUUACUUGCGAUGGUUUUGGGACUCUUGUUGGAUGUUUGUGAAGACUCGUCAUCCUUUGCAAAGGCAAUAUGUGAUACGAAGUGUAAUGAUCAAACAUACUUGUCCAUACUUCAAAACUUCUACAAGAUAAGUAAAGAUCAACCAGUGUUAGAAGGCUAUUCGGCUGCUGUUCUCAGCUUGGUGUAUGUUCAUGGCGAAAUACACGACCACGAAGAUAUCAACCGUAACAUGCUAGUUCAAACCCUUGAAGACUUUGUAGAGUUUCACAAGAAUUUGGAGCACGAGUUGAGUUCGUUUGGUGCUAAUGAACUGGCUGUCUUAUCGGUUCUGCGGAGGCUUAUUCAUUUGCUUCAGGAAAAAGAGGUCAAAUCUCCGGACCCUUCGAAAGAUUGUUCAAGCUCUUCGUACAAUUCGUAGAUUCAUAUGUAUUUACUAUAAAAUCCCUAGUAUCACGACUUGAAUGAAUAAAUGAUCAGUAAAUACCGUUUUUUAUAAAAGUUUGUAUCGGAGCAGGAGCGAGUUUCUGUUUUGCAUAUUAACCACGCAGGUUUGAACUACAGUUACGUUCUACAUGAUUCUUUAAUUGUUCUAUG